CUGUCCAUAAUGCCUUCUGAUUCUGAAAGCAGCAGUUCUCUGAGUAGCACUGGUACAACUGGUAAAGCAUCAUCACCACCUCCUGUAACAGACACAAGACAAAUGAGUGAGAAGCUGGAGACAAUAUUAUUUCAGCUCCGCCAGGUAACUCGUGAGAGAGAUGAACUGCGCAAGCGACUGGCACUUUCAUCUCCUGGAUCGACUUUCGAUGACUGCAGACCAAGUCCAAAACCAAAUCAUGAUUAUGAAAGACUGAAAAUACAGUGUAUGAAGGCCAUGUCAGACCUGCAGUCUCUGCAGAAUCAACAUACUAAGACACUAAAAAGGUGUGAGGAAGCAGCGAAAGAGGCAGACUUUUAUCACACAUUGCACAGCCGCCUGCUGAGUGACCAGUCCCAGCUGAAGGAGGACAUGGAUACCCUGAAGAGGAAAAACACGCAGCUGGUGCGAGAACACAACCAUCUCCAGCAGUCGUGUGAGGAAAUGAAAAGGCUUCAUGAUGAGGAUCAGAAAGAGAUAACAGACCUACGUAGCCAGCAGCAACAGGUUAUGAAGCAAAACGGGUCAUCAGAGAUAUUAAAUAAACUCUAUGAUACAGCAAUGGACAAACUAGAGGGAGUGAAGAAGGACUAUGAYGCAUUAAGGAAGCGGUACAAUGAGAAGAUAGCAAGUCACAAUACCGAUCUUAGCCGACUAGAACAGGCUGAGGAGGAGAAUAGACGACUUCAGAAGCAGAUUGACAUGCUAAUGAAGCAGAGGGACACAGCAAUACAUUUCCAGCAGCAAUAUUCCUCUUCCCUCAGAAGGUUUGAGUCAGUCCAGCAGGAGCUAAGCAAUGCCACAACCCAAAACAAAGAGCUGCAGAGAGAGAUGGAGCGACUGCAGUCAGAGGUGACCAGGUUCAAAACGAUGCAGCUGAAAGCAACCAAGGAUGCAGAGAAGUACAAGGAAGAGCGGGACUCGGUUUUCAGCGAAUAUCGCCUCAUAAUGAGCGAGAGAGAUCAAGUCAUCAAAGAGGUAGAUAAGCUUCAAACAGAGCUGGAGGUUGCAGAGUCCAAGCUGAAGAACACGUCCUCUGAGAAGCGAGUGGCCAGUGAAGAGAUGGAAGCUUUGAGACAGGAGCUAAACUCAGCUCUAGUGGAACGGGAUCGAGCCAUUUGUGAGAGGAAUGAGUUGCUGGAAAAAUAUUGUCAUGAAGUGAAGGACAAAGCUGAGGCUCAGAAGGAACUUGAUCAAGCUUGCAAGGAUAUCGAGACGGUGAAGGAAGAAAGAGAUGUUGCCAGGAAAGAGAGAACAGAAGCCAUCAUCCAGAGAGACCAUCUACUACGGGAAUAUUACCAAGCUCGUCAGAUACAAGAUUCUGCUACCCUAGACAUAGAAAGAGCAAACAAAGAAAUUGAAAUGCUUCGGAAGCAAUAUGAGGCCAUGUCCCAAGAACUGAAGGAAGCCGUCCAGGAAGCAGAAGUAGCCAAGUGCAGGAGAGACUGGGCCUUUCAAGAGCGGGAUAAGAUUGUUGCAGAAAGAGAGAGUAUACGGACUUUGUGUGACAACUUGAGGAGGGAACGAGAUCGGGCUGUAAGCGACUUGGCCGAAGCUCUUCGCAAUCUGGAUGAUAUGAGAAAGCAGAAAAAUGAUGCUGUGCGUGAGCUGAAGGAACUGAAAGAGAAGAUGGAGAAUCAGUUGGAAAAGGAGGCCAGGUUUCGUCAGUUAAUGGCCCAUAGUUCCCAUGACUCGGCCAUAGAUACGGACUCUCUGGAGUGGGAAACAGAAGUGGUAGAAUUUGAAAAAGAUAGAGAUGAUAUGGAUUUGAAAGCGCUUGGUUUUGAUGUGGCCGAAGGUGUGAAUGAACCCUACCUCCCUGGAGACUGCGGCAUCUUCGUUACCAAAGUGGACAAAGGAAGUAUUGCUGAUGGUCGAUUGAGAGUGAACGAUUGGCUGCUGAAGAUAAAUGAUGUGGAUCUUACUAAUAAGGAUAAAAAGCAAGUAAUAAAAGCUGUGCUAAAUGGAGGAGGAGUUAUUAACAUGGUGGUUCGAAGAAGGAAGUCCUUAGGUGGGCGCGUGAUAACACCUCUUCACAUCAAUGUUUCUGGACAGAAAGAUAGUGGAGUCAGUCUAGAAAAUGGAAUAUUUGUUGCUGCUGUUGUACCUGGAAGCCCAGCUGCCAAAGAGGGAUCCCUUGCUGUGGGGGACAGAAUAAUUGCUAUCAAUGGCAUUGCACUGGAUAACAAGUCACUGACUGAAUGUGAAUCUUUGCUACGGAAUUGUAGGGAUUCCCUUACCCUGUCACUGAUGAAGAUUUUUCCGCAAAGUUCGUCUUGGAGCGGCCAGAAUAUAUUUGAAAACCUGAAGGAAUCAGAAAAAAUAUCCAAUUGUAGAGUUCACACAUCAGAAGUACAAGCCCAAAAUAAAAGAAACUUGAAGCUCAACAGCUCAACGCAGACUGACAUUUUCAGUCCAGACAUCAUGGAUGGCAAAAAGGUCCAGAGUGAUCAGGGCAGUGGUUCGUUUUGCGAUCACAAACCUUUCCCUAACAACACAUUGCAAGCUGACUCUCGCAGGAAUACAGUCCACAGUUGCCACAGUAACUCAGAACACAGUCUGAACUCCUUCAAUCCAGAGGCAUACGGGGACCGAGGCUAUGGAGUUGUUGACUUGGACAGCAGGAGGCUGCCCUAUGAAGCUGCAGGAGCCGACUGCGUGAUGGUAGAGACCGUAUUCGACAAAGGACAUGGAGCUAAACAUAGUGGUGGCACCUGGCCAAAAGUAGUGGUUAAUAUCUCAACAGCAGAAACGGACAAGUUCUCUGUGUAUAAAAAGCCAAAACAAAGGAAAUCCAUUUUUGACCCUGAUACCUUCAAAAGACCACCAACUCCUCCCAAACUGGAGUAUCUUUCUCCUAAUCAGGUGACAGGCCAUUCACCUCAGCCAUCCAAAACUGAAGUGGCUUCCACUCCUCCAACUCCUCCUAAGAGAAGUGACUCUAUCAAAUUUAAGCAUAAACAGCAGACAAGUUCUGCCUCAGAGUCUACUGUAACAACUGGAUCACCACCCACCAGCCCAGCCCCUGCCCAAGCCCCAAUUUCCUUGGCACUUAAACAGGACUCUGCUACCCUCAAGGGGCGCGGUAGGAAUGCCGGACAUUAUUAUCGGGAGGAGGGAAUUGACUGCACUCAUCUCUCUUCAAGGAAAUCCUGUGAAGAUGACAUUGGCUUUCAAAGAGUUGAAGAGCCAGAAAUAAAAAGACCAAGACCAAAAUCAGCCCCAGCUUUGAGGCAUAGAAUGACCCCUAUGUCCAUUCCAAAUCCUGCACUUCAGGUGCAGAAGUUUACUCCAGCAAGCGAGGAGCAUCUGUCUCCGGACGUUCAGGAGUGGGCCCCGUACUCACCCAAGCGCUCCGCCAGGCACAGCGAUGGCUUCGUGCCCCCCUCCUUGUAUGCUGGAGCCAUGGCAGCAGGUACUGUACCAAGAAGCUUAGCACCAUGCCCUGCAGUAACUGCUGUCAUGAGAAAUCCAAUCUAUACAGCUUGGAGCCAUAGAGUCCACACCAACAACUGCCCAUCAGUUGCCAGCCAAAUAUGCCAUCAGCAUCUGCAUCCCAGUGCCCAGCAUCAAGGUCGCUUAAGUCUGGACUUAAGUCAUAAACACUCCAAUGAAUACUCUGAAAAUUCACGCACACGAGCAUCUCAUGGCUCAAACUCACUACCAUCCAGUGCAAGACUUGGUUCUUCAAGUAACUUGCAAUACAGGACAGAACGAAUUAAGAUCCCUUUAACACCAAGAUAUCCAAGGUCCGUCGUGGGCUCUGACAGAGGCUCCUUAUCUCACUCAGAAUGUAGCAGUCCCAGCCUGAUAACUCCUCCACAGUCACCACUGAACUUGGAAACCUCUUCCUUUGCCAGCAGCCAAUCUCAGAAUUCCCUUUCCACGUUACCUAGGAUUUCUAUUAGCCCGGUUUCUGUUGGAGAACGUAGAAAAGAUAGAUAUCUGUUCCGUAAUAGGUCUUUUCUGAGAAUCCCUGUGGCUCCUAGGCCUAGGUUCUCAUCACUAAGGAGUUUGAGGCCCUACAUGGAAGAGCCACGUCAUGUUAAAGUGCAGAAGGGUUCAGAGCCACUAGGGAUUUCCAUUGUGAGCGGAGAAAACGGUGGAAUAUUUGUGUCUAAAGUAACAGCAGGGAGCAUUGCCCAUCAGGCUGGCCUGGAGUAUGGCGAUCAGCUGCUGGAGUUUAAUGGAAUAAACUUGAGAAAUGCUACAGAGCAACAAGCUCGACUGAUCAUUGGGCAGCAGUGCGACACCAUCACUAUUCUGGCUCAGUAUAACCCUCAUAUGUAUCAGCUUGGCAAUCAUUCACGAUCAAGUUCUCGCCUUGAACCUGUGAGUAAUCAUUCCACCCCUCAAGACAGUGGAGCUGCAACCCCUGAUAAUCAUUCCAUAAUUGAUACUGUGAGCGAACAGGAUGAAGGGACAAUGACACCCCCAUCCAAACAAACCACACCAACUACUAGUCCGCGYAAUUCCUUAAGGAGCCCUGUGGACAUGAACAAAAGGACCUCUGAACCUAGAACUGUUGUUGUUAAAAAAUCCCAGGUGGAUCUUGGGAUCCAGAUCUGUGGUGGAAACCUGUAUGGAAUAUUUGUGUCAGAUGUAGAUGACGAUAGUCCAGCAAAAGGCCCUGAUGGACUGGUGUUGGGUGACCUGAUCCUUGAGUAUGGGUCCAUUGAUAUGCGAAAUAAAACAGCUGAGGAAGCUUAUCUGGAAAUGCUGAAACCAGGAGAAAACAUCAAAAUCAAGACUCAAUACAGACUUGAAGAAUUCAAUAAGAUAAAGGAGCUUCCUGGAGAUGGAUUCUAUAUCAGAGCACUUUAUGACCGUCUGGCAGAGGUGGAGCAAGAUUUAAGCUUUAAGAAGGAUGACAUUUUAUAUGUUGAUGAUACUCUACCACAAGGAAACUUUGGUUGCUGGAUGGCUUGGCAGCUAGAUGAGAAUGCUCAGAAACUGGAAAGAGGACAAAUUCCAAGCAAGUAUAUGAUGGAUCAAGAGUUCUAUAGGAGGCACAGCAUGUCUGAGGCGAAAGAUGAAAACAGUUCCUCUAAGACACUGUCAGCAGCAGCCCGGAGAUCGUUCUUCAGAAGAAAGCAUAAACACAAGCGAAGCGGUUCCAAAGAUGGAAAGGAUUUACUGGCUCUUGAUACCAUCAGUACAGACUCUAUUCCUUUCUUGGAUGAUUCUGGAAGUCUGGCCUAUCAGCGUGUGCAGAAAGUGGACUGUACCUCUCCUAGGCCUGUGCUUAUUCUAGGACCGUUGCUUGAUGCUGUGAAAGACAUGUUGGUUAAAGAAUCUCCUGGAAAAUUUUGCAGAUGUCCUCUUGAGGUUAUGAAAGCUUCCCAACAAGCUAUUGAAAGGGGAGUGAAGGAUUGCCUGUUUAUAGAUUAUAAACGGAGGAGUGGCCAUUUUGAUGUGACAACUGUAGCUUCAAUAAAGGAGAUAACGGAGAAGGAUUGUCAUUGUCUGCUGGACAUUGCUCCUCAUGCUAUUGAACGGCUCCAUAGUGUUCACAUCUACCCUAUAGUAAUUUUUAUUCGCUACAAAAACGCUAAACAAAUCAAAGAGCAAAAAGACCCCAUCUUCCUGAGGGACAAAGUUACACAAAAACAUUCCAAAGAACAGUUCGAGACGGCUCAAAAAAUAGAACAGGAGUAUAGCAAGUACUUCACAGGCAUCGUCCAAGGAGGAGCCCUCUCGAGCAUUUGCACUCAGAUUAUGACAACGGUUGAUCAAGAACAAAACAAAGUCCUGUGGAUCCCAGCUGGCCCGCUCUAGGUUACAUUGCUGUGAAGCUACUUCGCAGAUGUAAAUAACCGAUUAACUUUCUGUCCAAUGGACCCUGUGCAUUUCUGUCUUGAUAAAGAUGCAAGUAGGUGACUUCUGUUUCACGAAGGGGAGUGAUACACUGAACACGGACCUGACAAGGCACAUGGGAAGGGGUAGGUCACGUCACAGAGCUUGUCUCUUWCGUCGUACACACACGGGGCUGGCUGCAAGGAGGGGAUGCAGCCUCAGAGCACCUCUCCCAAGCCAUGAACAUAGCAAUGCUGCAAAACCCUGUAGAAUGACAAGUUUACAAAAAACCUUUUCAAAGUAUUUUGUUGUUGCUGUUUACUUGAACGUCUCUGGGUUCUUUUCAUCGUUGUUUGUUUUUUUUUCUUUUUUUGAACUGUCUCCUUUCACUUAAUGAGAUAACUCUCCCCAGUCGAGUGAGAUUUCUGCAGAUGAGUGAAUGGUUUAUGCGCAAUGUGCUUCUGCCUUGCAAUUCUGACCAUUUGUAGGCACGUUGUUGACGUGACUGCCGGGUGAUACCAUGGUAUUUCAAUCGGUACGUCUUGGAGUAAGCUCGGAAGAACACUCCUGYACAGGGCAGACCACUGUUUGUAUUCUGUCAACCCUUGUCUGUCAAACAGGCCGUUUUUUUUGUUCGUUUUAUGCAUGAAUCUAAUAUUUAAGCGUCAUAAUAUAUCUGAACAAUCCAAGCUUAAGCGUGUGUUGAGAGAUAAUUUUUGGUUGUUGGGCCUGGGCUAAGUAGUGGCGGGAGAGUCRUAAGCUGCAGGCCUAGCAUGCUGUGUUUUGUCACUUUUAGAUACUGUAAAUAUUGAAAGCUUAUGUUGGUGCAAUUUUGCAGGGUAAUUCUUAAGCUUUGUGUUUCAGUGUGUAGCAUUCACAUAGAUUGUUUUUAUUUAAUAUAAGCGCAGCCACAGUUUUAGGGCUUUGAUUAAAAGCCUUUAGAAAGGUACUAAAUUGUUAGUGUUUUCACUGUCAACAAGUAAGUGAUCAUUUAGUUUUGGUUGCAGUACUUACCUAUUGUACCGAACUCCAUUGUAUCAGUUCCUUUUUUGUUUUUGCACUUCUGAGUCUGUGUUCCUAACAUAGGUCUUGUACCGYAUCUUCUGUCUUUUGUGCCAUGUGUUUUUGGGUACUGUAUUUUAAUUGUUUUUAAGAUAUCAUUUGAGUAGAACUGCUUUCU